AUGUCCAUCAGGGGGCUCCUCACAGCCUCGAGCUGCUUCUACUCCUGAUAUCACUCCGCUGGCAUGGUGGAGAAGCUCCUUGGCUAUGGUGAUGGUGGCAAGGGGCCGCCAGUGACUACACACUUCCGCCACUGCUUCCUACAUUCGCCUUUAGCGCCGUCCGGACUCCUCUUGAUGCCUCGCAGCAAAACUAGCCGACAUCUUCAUCAGUAUUCCCUUCAAAGCAAUAACCGUGUGACAUGCAAGUUCACUGGGAAAGUCCGGAACCCGUUCGGUUCAAGCCACAAAACUUUUCCUCAAAGGACAGCACCGUAUAGCGGCAAGUUUACUGCUGCCACCGCCGCUGCUCAUCCGCGGGACGGUUGGUCGCUUUGACCGCCGAGUGCCUGCCUUCGCACCGUCGCCGUGUUGUUGGUUUUCCGGUGGAGUUGUCGCCAGUAGCGGAGAGCCGCUUAAUUGUUAAACACGCUUACAUUUGUGUGUUUUUUUGGAAGAAUACGAGCUCACAACCGUAUGACUUGGAGACUCGGUGCCCUUUAAAGCGCUCACUUCAGAGGCUGCUCCAGCGCCGCUGCCCGGCUCCCGGGGACCCUUCGCUGGGGGUGAACGGGUAGGUAGUGGCGGUGGAGACAGGCUGGACGCUGGAGGAAAGUUCCUUCAAAAUAGCAGCCACUGGUUCCAGUGAUGGGGGACUUCGCCUCCCCCGCUGCCGGACCCAACGGCAGUAUCUGCAUCAACAACAGCAUGAACCCGGUCGCCGGGAGCGUGGUGCCCGCCGGAGCCGUGGGCAUCCCGAAGCACAGCACCGUUGUGGAGAGGUUGAGGCAACGGAUCGAGGGCUGCCGGAGACACCACGUCAACUGCGAGAACAGGUACCAGCAAGCCCACGCGGAGCAGCUGGAGAUAGAGCGGAGGGACACGGUUAGUCUGUACCAGCGGAGUCUGGAGCAGAGGGCCAAGAAGUCGGCCGGCGGCGUGAGCAAGCAGCCGCAGAUCAAGCAGCCCGACCUGGACUCUGCCUGCUCCACGGAACAGAGGAAUAACACGCUUAUAGCGCUCCAGGAGACGGUCAAACGGAAACUGGACAGUGCCAGAUCCCCCCUCAAUGGAGACCAGAACGGUAUCUGUGAUGGAGGCAGCUACUCACCCACGAACAAACGGUUACGGAAGGAGGGCUCUGGUGGUUUAGACGCACUAACAGGUCUUCCCAACAACAAUGUUCCACCCAUCUCUCCACUGCACCACCAACUCGACGUGAAGCCUCUGAUCGGCGGGCCCAACACCUCCACGGGGAACGGCACAAACAGCAACGGCAACCAUGUAGGCCGGCCGUCGGACGAGCUGGGGAAGAACGGUGGCAGCCAUCUUUCAGACAUGAAGAUGAACGGUUCGCUGGACUUGGAGGACAGCUUCGGCCUCCUCAAGGACCUGAAACAGGAGCCGCUGGAUGACGGAGGUGGAAUGGAGUCUUCGGAUCCCCAGUCUCUGUCCAAUCAAAACAAACUGUUUUCCGACAUCAACCUGAAUGACCAGGAGUGGCAGGAGCUGAUCGACGAGUUGGCCAACACCGUACCCGAGGACGACAUGCACGACCUCUUCAACGAGGACUUUGAGGACAAGAAAGAGGCGGAUUUUGGCCGGCCGGCGAACAACCAGACUCCAGGGCCACAGGAAGCGGUCAAUAAUACGACAGCACCUGUAGGGGGGGCCGUUCCACCAACAUCCCUUCCUCCCCCCACUCAACCCCCGCAGGGUGGCCCACAGGUGCCCAUGGGCUCACCACAGGUCCGACCUUCAUCAUCAGGCCCGCAGUUUGCCACCACCGCCAAUGGCACACCUCCUCAGCAGCCUCUGCAGCAGUCCCCCGCCGUUGCCAUGGCGUCAGGGUCCCCAUUGCACAACUGUGUGGCUCGCUCUCCUCAGACCCCGACCCAGGCUCAAACACAAGCGGUUUCAAGGCCUGGCAACGGAUACAUGAUGAACCCAGGCCCUGGUGGAAGCCAGGCAGGUACCGGACAAACAGGGCCUGGACUUGUCCCGGGUCAGCCAGUCGGACCAGUAACACCGGAACUUUCCCCUGCAGAGCAACUCAAAGCAAUGGCUGCUCAGCAACGUGCUAAACUGUUGCAGCAAAAGCAGCAGCAGCAGCAGCAGCAAGCGGCCAACUGGUCCCCAGCGGGCCCUCCAACCAGUCCUUAUAACGCCGGUCCCUUUAACCAAGACAAACCCAACAGCCCGAUGAUGUAUCCACCACAAGCCUUUAACACACCACAGGCCCCACUAGGGGCUGGAAUGGCCCCCAACAACGGACCCAAAGCUCCCAUGAACAACUACCUCCCUCACAAUCACAUGGGCAUGAUGGGCCAGCAGCAGCAGCAGCAGCAGAGCAGUAUCAGCCAGCCCCCCCUGUCCAAGCAGCAGCAGCAGCAAACGGCGGCCAUGUUGUCCUACAACAACACCAAGCCACUGAGCCACUUCAGCGGCAGUGGCGUCGACCAUAUCGGCCACAGGAUGACUCCACCUAUUGGCGGGAGCGGUCAGGUCAAGAACCCAAUGUUGCCUCCCUACAUGGCCGGGGGAGGGGGCGGGGGCCAGGGGGUGGGGCCGGGGCAAACCCAGGGGCCAAUCCCGGGCCAAACGGCCCAUCUGAGCGAGGAACAGAAGCGAAUGUUGCUGAUGAAGCAGAAGGUGUUGAACCAGAACAUCCCCUACAGCAACAUGCAGCCUCAUGGACAGGAACAAGGUGUGGUGGGAAUGUCCCGGCCACCGGGCUCCAUCCCGCCUCCACACCCUGCGGGUGGAGUGGCCUCCGGGGUGGGGCCCAACCAGGGUUCGGGCCCGCCUCCGGGCUACGUGGGCAACCAGCAGCAGGCGGCCAUGAUGAAGCAGAUGAUGGCGAUGGAGCAGGAGAAGAGGGUGCAGAUGCACAUGAUGGAGCAGCAGAAGCAGCAGCUCUUCAGAGAGCAGCGGCAGCAGCAGCAGCUGCUGGCCGAGCAGCUCCAACAGCAGCAUCUCCCAAGACAGAUGGGCCAAGGCCAGAGGAACCCCUACCCUCAAGUCAGUCAGUAUCAAGGUUCUCCUCAAGAUUUGGCAUCCAGGAGCCAAGCUCUCCAGAACAUCCGUGCUGCGCGUCUUCUGCAACAGCAGCAGCAGAACCAGCAGCAGAUGGUCCAGAUGAGUUCCGUCCAGGGCCAAGGGGGGUCUGUAGGACCCCAGUCUGACAUGAGUCUACCUUACAGCACCCAGGGGUCCAGCCAGGGUUCUCUGUAUGGCCUCAACCCCUCCAUGAGCCAAAUAAUCCACCAGCAGCAACACCAGAGCCAAAGUGUCCAAGUGUCCCUCGGUCUUACACAGCAGCACAACCCAGCUGGAGGGCAGCCCCGGCAGGCCAGCGCAGGUCCUGGGGUUGGAGGGAUGCCUGGGGGCCCUGGAGGUGGUGGCGCUGGAGGAUAUGGGGGGCAGGGGAUGUUAAUAAACCCCAUGGCUCAGCAAUCCCUCAAAGGUCCAACUAACGCCAAAGCCCAAGCACAAAGACUUCAAAAUAUGCUUGGAGCAGGAGCAGGUGGCGGAGGAAUGGCUGGAGGAGGCUGGCCGCAGCAACAAGGACAGAGUCUGCAAGGCAUGGGGGCGGGCGUCGUAAGGACUACAGGAUCAGGAGGGGACAUGAUCGGGUUCAGUUCAGCCCAGGGUUAUGGGUUGCAGACAGGUCAGCCCCCACGCAUGGCCAAGCAACACUUUCAAGGACCUGGCCAAGGGAUGGGGCAGGGGAUGGACCCCAGGGUGGGCAAUCCAGCAGCGGGGAUGGGUGGCCCGAUGGGCACUCACAUGGGCGGACAGUCCAGGACCAACCAGUCUCGGCCCAUGGUCAUGAGCCAGGGAAUAAACCAAGGGGUUAUGGGCCCGGGGGUGACUGGAAUGGGGAGUUUCGGGCCAGGCCUUGGAGGGCCUGGCUUAGGGGCCGGGGGUGGAGGCGGACCUUACGGACCGGCGGGAGCAGGGGUAGGUAGUCAGACACAGGGCUACCAAAGGACAUCCAAUCAAGACAUGUCAUCCUAUGGAUAUGGGGGCGGGCCCUCCAGUGGAGGAGCCUUCGGAUUGGGUGAUGGAUCAGGGGCAGAGCUGGACUCGAGCGAUGGUUGGAUGGAGGAGUUUUUCCCAAGCCAAUAGCCAACAAGUAAGCUGGAGAUGAGUUUUUACUGGAUGAACUAAAAAAACACACGUUCCAUACUAAAUCUGAGACAACCACGGUGUUGACCGGUGGCUGGUAUGUUUUGUGAUGCGAGGUUACAAAUGAGUUUGUGUGUGCGUGUGCGUGUGUCUUGAGGGCUCAGAAAUCAUUUUGUCUUGUGUAUAUUCAUGAAAACCCACAUUGAGAUUAUGAAAUAGUUUUGUUUUUGCUAGUUCCCCAUUGGAAAGUAUCACAGUGGAACCCGCUUAAGACAACCCAUCUAGGCCUGCAACUAACAAUUAUUUUCUUAGUCGAUUAAUCAGAAGCUUGUUGUUUGGAUUAAUUAGUGAGGCCCUAGACGAACAAAUCAGUAUGAAGCAAGCAGUCACUGGUUUGGUCCAUAACAUAUCAGAACCAAGGUGCAAAUGUUAGUCACUGUUGGUCACCAAAGCCAAAGCUCGUGUGUGUGAAUAUUUUCUUUUGACAAUAGGUCCGCUUUCAUGGAUGACUGAGGAAAUGUACAAAAUGUCAUAUUUGUGAGGCUGAUAUCAGAGGAUAUAACCGUAUCAGGAUAUAACCAAAUAGUUUUUGAUUCAUUGGUUAAACGAUUAAUCAUUGAUGCAUCGAUUACCGUAAAUUCAAGACUGUUGAGGGCACCCGAAUCUGAAGAGACAAACAUUUAUUGUGCAUAUAUUGGCUGCACUUGUCCUUAAGCCGCAGGUGUUCAUGUUGGAAGUGGGGUGUUUACACAGAAAGACUCACUAUAAACCUUGCAAUCCUACCUACAUGCGGUGCUCCUAGCGUCACUUCGUAGCUCCGAAGAGUUUUUUUUUAGGUUAAACAGCUGCCGAGGUCCAAGCAGAAGCCGUAGUAAUCCUACACUUGAUCAAACUUACUUCAUAUUUGUCAGAUCAAAACACGAUUGCUGCGUAACGCUUCACACUUCAAUUCACUCCUUCCUGAAUCCGCACUGUCCGCAUCGCAGGAAGUGUAGCUCCUUUAGCCGUGAAUUAGCCACAUCACUGAGCUGCAGGGUUCCAAGCGUGUGAAAAAAGUAGCGGGCUUAUAGUCCGGAAUUUACGGGAAUUGUUGCAGCUCUAAACCUGUCUAUGUUGACCAAAGUUCUGGUGCACCGUGUUCCUCUUAUGACUAAAAAGUGGUUGCUGAAGUCGACAUCGGUAUACAUGGUUGACCACUUGUGUUGACCCAAAGAGGUCAUUUCUAAGAAAAAUGGGACGUGUUGCAGUGUUGUUACCGUCAUCAUUAGCAUUAGUAACAUUAUCAGCAACAGCAACAUAACUACUGUCUAGUUACACAGCAUUAAAACCUGCACACAGUGACUUCCUGUUCAGUGUAAAGUAAGCUUCAAAAUAAAGGUAUUAACCGGAAUUCCAGCACAGCAACUAACAAAAUGCACACAUUUCAUAUUUUUUUUUAUUGUUAGCCACCGGCAGAAAGAUUUGUGCAUGUAGAAAAGCUUUGGUGUCCUUUGGAGCUGCAACAAUGAAGUGGCGAUUCAUCGAUUAUCCAAUUAAUGGAGGACUAUUUUGGCAUCCGGUUCAUCGUUUUCUGAUUCAGUGUGUAAAUGUAAAUGUAAUGUAAAAUCAUGCUAAUGUCCAACUCGAGACAACAAGCUUCAGAUUCAUGGACUGAGAAAAUAAUCGUUUGCCGCCCCGUUGCUUAUGCAGUCAAGGCAUGAAAAACACAAGAUGACAACACGAGAAUCUAAAUACGCAGAUGUACAAAUGAAGGAAAAACAACCGUUUUCUAUGUUGCUUGUCCUCACGAGGCCACCUGACUUUGUGCAAGAGGUGGGGUACACGCUGGGCUGGUGUCCAGCCAAUGGCAGCCACAUAUAGACAAGCACUCACAUGCAUACCUAUGGACAAUUUAGAGGCGCCAGUUAACCUAACAUGUUUUUUGCCAGGGUGGCCCAGUGGUGUGGCCACAUGUUCGCAUGUUGCCCCCCUGCCUGCGUGGGUUUUCUCCAGGUACUUUGGCUUCCUCCCACAUUCCGCAAAUAUUCAUGUUAGGUUAAUUGAAGGGAAACCGUGUCGACGUCGGACGUAAACAGGUUCCACUGUGUACUAUUCCAGAGUUUUCAAGAAAGCUGCGUUUCCACAGCGCUUUGAGCCGCAGUGCCAGUGCGGGCUGAUGAAGGGGAAGGAAAACCUGCAGACAGCAGUUCAUUUGUGUUUGUGCCACCCAGCUCAGAUCUCUGUGCCGCGUGAGGAGCUGAGAAGGAGUCCAAAGCACUCUCAACUCUCCCAUUUCCUGUCCGACACGCGUAAUUCCCGCUCGUCAUUUGAUCGCUUUCCCUCGUCAUCCUUCCUCUUUCGCUAUCUUUCUCAGCCGCUCUCUGGAGAGUCGUCCCUCUCUCUCGACACUCCUUUCACCGUCAAAAUGGUGAAGAUCACAACAGAACAGAUGAGCGUCAUCUAUUUCACCGCGCCAGCGUUCCCGAGCCUUGCCCGCUUUUGCUAGCGACCCGACGAGCAUCCAUAUAGCAGUGGAAGAAGAACAGGCAGCUAAAAGCAAGCACAUGCGCGUGCACGCUGUAUACUGUAGAUAUACUGUAUGUAUACAGUACACAGUAUACACAUACAGUACUGUAUGUAUACACUGUAUAUACUGUACAUACAGUACUGUAUGUGUAUACAGCAUACACAUACAGUACUGUAUGUAUACGCAGUGUACACUGUAUAUUAGGAGACUAACAUUAUUAGUAAUCUGAUUCUUUUUGGUUCGGUAAGCCUCUGUAGCGAAGCGCACCCCCCAUCCUUGGGUUUGUCUGUAUGCUCCAUCUAUAAAGGUGGUCCUCGGCCUCGGUGAGCCUCAGCGAGUUUUAGCAUAAGUCAGAAAUUCUAUCUAAAUGAAAUCAUGAUUAAAUGAACAAAAACAUCUCCUUCCUUUUAUCCCUGUGGUUGUCUUGUGGUUGCGCACGUUAAGGGCUGUUGCAAGUGUCAGGAACGAGACCACUACGCUGCUUAGUUAUCACUGUCCCUUUCAUAGGAGCAGGUCCUUGCACGUGUUGAAAGAUGCCAUAUUCGUAUUUCAGGAUGGUCGCGACUUCUUAGGCCAAGCGUGCGGCCAAUGUUGGUCUGCGUGUCUCCGCUUUCUGAUCAUUUUUGCGAUGUCUAAUUUCACUUUACUUUUCACUUAUCUUUCCUUUGACGAGCUGUCGUCAGAAGAGCCUGCCUCAAGCGCCUGGGGGACAUUACGGAGGUUGAAGUUAAAAAGUUCCAUAAAAAGUCAUAAAUAAAAAUAACUCGUCCUCUCUUCUUUUUCGCACCGUAACAACAAUUGAAUCUUCAAGGAUACCAUCGUUAUCCUUCAGGACGGCCAUGACAGUCGAGCGGGUUAGACCAAGCAUGCGGCUGAUGUCGGUCGGCGUUUCUCUCCUUUGAGAAAAGGAAAACAAGUCCACCAAAAAGAACAAAAGCAACGCGUGGCUGCAGGUUAUUCCACCUGCAUGUUCUUUCGCCGCGUGCACGGAACUAGUUCUCUUUUUUAAUCAUUCGUAACCACAGAACGUCGUAAAGUGAGGCAGGGGUAUGUUUAUUUUUUAUUUGAGUUGGGGGUUUUUUUCAUGCCGAUUUAUCUGCCAGCUGUUUUUUGUUCUUAAUGUUUUAUUUUAAAGUCAUUAACUUUUUACACAAAAGCUAAGCAGUUUCACGUGUGCUUUUCUAGAUACAAAACAACUUUCAAACCGAGUUACGUGCCGGGACGUGAUUAUGGUGUAUCUUUUCACCCCCAAUAUGUAGAGCAGGGGUGUCCAAAGUGCGGCCCUGGGGCCAUUUGCAGCCCGCGGCUGUGAUUUUAUCGGCCCGCAGCACAGUCUAAAAAUGUAACGUAACAACAGCAGCAAAAAUGGGAAAAACAAUCAAAAGUCAAAAUAUGAAGAGAAGAGUUGUAAUCUAGCAAGGACAAAAAGCCACACUUUCACAAGAAUAAAGUCAUCGUAUGAGCAAAAAUGGCAUUUUUUUUUUUAAACGUCAAAAACAAUGACUAAAGUUGUCAUUUUUGAAACUUUGGCUGGGUGCAAAUUUAUAACAUAAGAAUAAAGUCAGAAUAUCAGGAGAAGAAAAAUAUACAAGAAGAAAGUUGAAAUAUUUGGAAAAUUAUCCCAAAAACAUUUUACCAGAAUGAAGUCAAAAUAUUAAGAGAAAAAAAUAGAAAAAAUAUUUGCAAUUUUAUGAGAAUAAACUUGUAAAAUGAGGAAAAAUAUCAUUUCAGCAGCAAUGUUGAAGUAAGAAAAGCUAAAAUGAAAUAUUUGGAAAAUUUAAAAAAACAGCUGUAAGUUUAUGGGAAUAAAGUCAAAAUAUUAAGAAAAAUAGUCAUCAUCAAAUGAAGAACAACAGUUGCAAUUUGACAAGAAUAAACCCGCAUUAUUAUGGAAAAAAACAUCAUUUUUAGUCGCAUUUCACCUUUAUUCCAAAGGUGAAAUGCAGUGUAUUCUUGAGCUGCUUAGCAUAUGUGUGUGGUCCAUGUGUGCUUUACUAAAUAUCCAAGUGGCCCUUUGGACACCCCUGCUGUGGCGUGUAGAUGCUGUGUGCAUCAAGUAAUUGGGCUGUUUUGUAGUUGAAAAUGAACUAUUAUUAGUCAAAACGUAUGCACAUGAAAGAAAAUUGUAUGAAAUGAAGCAUUGUCAUGCAUAAACAUUGCUAAUUGAAGUAAAAUGCAAAUAUAAGGCAUUGCGAGGGCGCACUGAGAGGCGGUGUGAUGAUGUGUAGUAUUCAUGCUGGUCACUAGGUGUCAGUAAUGUUCCUGUACUGUUGGGUGUCAGCAGGCUUUUAUUUGCAGUUUCAAUGAUCUCACAACGGGCACAGUAAUCCCUACACGGGCUGCUGUUGCGGCCGUAACCCGCGCCAAGCUAAAACUCGACCCUGAAGUCACUUCCUGUCCGUCCCCACUCAGCACCCCAAGAACACGUUUACAGAACAACGCAUGAGCACGAGUCUUAUUAUGUCUGAUUUUCUUCAAUCAUGUCUACCAUGUUGAGUAAUACGAGCGUAAAGGCGACUGUAGGGGUGUUAUUUCAUGUCUAAAGGGCUCUAAUCACGGCAAAGACCGUAUCUGGUAGGUCGUGAACACGUUUUCUAUGCCAUAACUACGAAAAUGUUCCAUUUGUAAAUCGGGAAUCCUACUUUGCUGGAAUUCGCUUACCACGGUCGGGUCUGGGACCAGUGAACCGUGGUAACCGAGGGAUUACACACACGCACCAACAAGCAGCAGAGCUGGCUGGCUGGUGAGUCUGCGUGGCACAAACGGCAUCACGUCCAUCACACCGACUGACGGCUAAAUGACGACUGGGCACUGAAUGUAUCUAAGCACCACAAGUGACUUCUUCUUUUCGGAAUACCCUCCUCAAGCCCACUCUUGUUCGUUGCGGUGUUUUACCUCCUGCAAGUACUGCUGGUUGUGUCUCGUGUCCGUUGGAAAAACAAACAUUAGCCUUAUUUGGAUUUUGUUGUUGUCUGUUUGAAAACCCGUGUGUUGCGGCACGGCCUUCCCACAUGCGCUUGUUACGUGGCGGCGUUGAGAGACGGCGCCCUCGCUGCGGCCGGCUGCGUCACACAUUAUCAGAAGUACUGUGAAGAAGGACGAGUCGUCCCCGCUCUCCAGCAGCACUGCUAAGUCUUCACUCGGCCUCAGUCGACUUGAAAGAGACAAGUCAAGUCAGUGUCAACGUCCAAAAGGUUUCAUACUUUGAAAGUCGCCUCCUGUCACGGUAUCGUUUUGUUUGUUCUCACCUUCUUCCCCGUAAAGUUGCUCAGUCUUUCGCCACUGCUUGCUGGUAUGUAUCAAACUUCUAACAGUACGAGGUUGAGCUUUAUCGUUUUCAUGCUUGAGGAGUUGAAGUUAGGGCUGCGCGAUACUGCAAAUUUUGAUCCAAUACCAAGUAAACCCAGGACCGGUAUCGGACCGAUAUCGAUGCUGAAGAUCAUUGAAUGAUUUUGUGAUUUUGCCUUUAAUUUGCUCAUCAGCAUUAUAAUCACAAUAAAAGGUAGUAUCAGUCCAAUACGGAUACUGAUAGCACCUUUGGUAUCUGUACUACUGAUAUUCGGCUGGCGCCGCCCGCCCCUAGUUGAAGUCCUCCAUGUCUCCCUGUGUUUGUAGCACUUUUAUCAGGGCAGGACGGUGAAGACAAACCCACAGUUUGAGACCGACUCCCUGGUUUACGUGUCCAAAAACUUAGCAGAGUACUCCAGGCAGGUUCCGUCGAGUAGUCACCAAUGAAACGCGUCAGGCCAGUCAAAGCGGAAAAACAACCUUGUAGGUUUGUCGUGUUGGGGGUUAGUCUCGUCUUCUUCAACGUUUGUCAUCUCCCCGGGAAGACAAACGCUGUCUUCCUCCAGAUAUCAUCACCGUGUACCGGGACCAAGUCUGUAGACGACAUUUGAACAAGAAGUAUAUUGUUGUUAAUGUUCAUCGUUUUAUGUUAUUUGUUUUGGUUUUUUACUGGUGCUGACAUAUGUGAUUAUAAGAACAAAAUAUAUAAAAGAUAAUGGCUAUUUGUAAAUAUGUUUUUACAGGUUUAAAUACAUCAGAUGAUACAGUCUCUACUCUGUAAAAAAAGAAAAAUAAAUACUGUUUGUUGGGAAAAUAGAGAAGUAUUUUUAUUUAGGAUUGUUUUGGUUUGACUUUGAACCCAUCUGAGCGAUGCCAUUGCACUUCAGACAAUGUCUUACUACUAAUUAGUAUCGUAACGCUCCUGUUUUCUUUGUGUUUUUCUAGUUUGGAGAGUUGACUGUUCUUAUUUCUUUUGAUCCUGUACAGAACUCUGAAACACUAACAAAAGAGAAUUACAAGAAAAAGUUUUUUGUUCUGAUUUUUCAAACAUAAACAAUAAAGAGAAUGUUCUCGCUGAUCAUA